GGCACGUGCACUUGCAACCGUUUGUUCCGUAUGGAAAACUACCGACUGCUCCAGAGACUCGGCAAGGGGGCUCAAGGAGCCGUUUUUCUGGUAGAAAAUCGCGACGACAAAGUAAAAUACGUUCUGAAAAAAGUAGAAUGCAACGACGAAGCGGAUGCAAACAAAGCAUUCAAGGAGGCCAUGGCUUUGCAACAGCUACAGCAUCCCUACGUGUGUGGAUACAAGGAAUUCUUUGUGCUCUGGGACAAAGAGGAAUCUGCCAUGUAUGUCUGUAUUGUUAUGGAAUAUUACAAGAUGGGUGAUCUGGACCGUGUGCUGAAACAACGGCGGUCAAAGAGUGAAUACAUUGAAGAAGUUAUAUUGAAAAAAUGGUUGGGCCAAAUUGUUGAGGCGUUGGUGUUUGUGCACAAGAAGCAAACAAUUCACAGAGACUUGAAACCAAGCAACAUAUUUAUGACCGAAGACUUGAAUGUCACAAUAGGUGAUUUUGGAGUAGCUACAGUAUUGGGAGAUGAUCGCACAAAGGCUAGAACUACUGUUGGCUCGAUGAAUUGGAUGGCACCAGAGGUUUUGGAGCGACCAUAUGAUGAAAGAAGUGAUGUGUGGUCUCUUGGUUGCAUUACACUAGAAAUGGCUACAUGUGGUUUUAUGGACGCGGCUCAAAGUUCAGCAACGUUGUUUCAAGUUAAACAGUCUCCGCAAAUAUUAGAAGAAACAUUGGAGAAGGUGGGACAAAAAUACACUGCUGACUUGUGUCAAGUUAUUAGGACAAUGCUUAGACGGAAGUUUCAGCAAAGACCCACAGCUAUUGAUUUGUUGGAGUUGCCUUAUAUUCAGGAGUGCCUUGCACUUAGUAAUUCUGCACUUUGUAAACAGUCAGCAGAAGCUGCAGGUGCUGCAGGUCCAGGAAAGCCUAUACCUAAGGACAAGGGUAUCAAGGGUAUACUGGAUUUCAUGUCUGAUGAAUCGACUCCAGGGGAAAGUCAAGUUCAAGCAUUGAAAUAUCUUGUUGAAAUCACCAAAGAGCAAGACCAAUCGUUGGAUGCUGACGGAAAGAAAGUUGUCGUGGAUGCAAUGAGCAGACACAUUGCAGUUGAAGAUGUUCAAGUUCUUGGUUGCACAAUGUUUUCUAACCUGCUAGUCACUGCUGUUGAUGAUGAUUUCUUAUACUCAAUGGAAGUGAUUCAUGCAGUCAACCUUGCAAUGAGGGCUCAUGCUGGGUCAGUUCCUUUACAAACUGCUGCUUCUGGUCUUAUUAUGGGUCUCUCAAAUGAUGAAAAGGCUGCUGCUGAAAUUGGCCAAGAUGGUGGUGUUCAGGACAUACUGGCAGCACUAAGAGCUUUUCCAAAUAAUGGUGGUAUUGUGACCAACUGCUGUGGGGCUCUUUGGAGUCUGGCAGUGAAUGAAGCAAAUGCCAAGAUUGUAACUGAAGAGAAAGGACUGCAAGACAUAUUCAGUGCCAUGGAAAAUCACAGUCAAAAUUCUGAAUUGAUAGAAAAUGCUUGUGCUGCCUUGUGGUCGCUGGCAAUGGAAGAGGAAAACCUGGAAGUAUUUACUGACAUUGGUGCUGUGGGACUUAUCAUAAAAGCUAUGUCCAAUCAUUUGAAGGAGGCCAAGGUGGUAAAGAAUGCAUGCAUGACUUUGGCAAGCUUGGCUGAAGCAGAAGAGGUAUUUGCAUUGCAGACUCUUGACAGUGAUGAAGGAGGCCAUGGGCUAGAUGUUGUCAUAAAAGCCUAUAGAGAACAUGCUGAUAAUCCAGAGGUUGUGGAGAAUAUUUGCACGUUGAUAGUAGAGAUGGCUGAAUCAGAGGAGGCUAGGGGUGAAAUGGUUGCUGCCAAAGUUGGUGACAUCCUGUCUGAAGCAAAAUUGAAAUUUGCAGGAAUUGAGGAGAUUUCAAGUUUGGCUAACACAGGCUUACAAGUUCUUAGUGGUAGCGCUAAGAGUGGUGCUAGACCUGUUUCUGCUCGUUCCAGACCAAGGAGUGCUAGGAAGGCAUAGGAUAGAGUAUUUUAUUGUCAUUGAGGCUGCUUUGUAGUGUUUAUACAAUAGUGCUAGUUUACAGUGUGACAAUUAAUUGCGUUCCUUAUAAUUCCAGUCAUAUAGAGUAUGUAGAUUUAGAUUAAAUAUACUGACUUCUACG